AAGACUGUACAAACUAAGAAAAAAUGUGUUUGAUUAAUCGCCUUUUUUUGUUAAUUUGUAAUUAUGAUCACUAACCAAUCCUGCAAUUCCUUAAUUUCUUGUUGAAUUCAUACUCAUUUUGAAGCAGUCUAAACAAAAAGAAAGACAAUUAAUAGAAUCAUAAAGCAAACAAUUUGAGAAAGGGAUGGGAUGGAAUCCCUGUUCAGGAAUCUCAAAAGUCUCCAACUCCACCACCACCACCAAGAACAAGAACAAGAACAAAAUCAACCACAAGUCUCUUGAUCACACCAAACCCACCUCAGAGCAAUCAAAGGUAAAUUCUUCCACUAAGAAGGCUCUUAACCCUGGAGGGUCUGAUAAUAUUAUUGCACAAACGUUUACAUUCUGUGAACUGAGAGCUGCGGCUAAAAACUUCAGAGCAGAAUGUUUUCUGGGUGAGGGGGGAUUCGGAAGAGUGUAUAAAGGAUACUUAGAAAGCGUUAAUCAGGUUGUUGCUAUCAAGCAACUUAAUCGUAAUGGUCUGCAAGGGAACAGGGAGUUUCUAGUUGAAGUGUUGAUGUUGAGUCUGCUUCACCACUCUAACCUGGUUAAUCUAAUCGGCUAUUGUGCCGAUGGAGAUCAACGGCUUUUGGUUUAUGAAUACAUGGCCUUAGGGUCUUUGGAAGAUCAUUUAUAUGACAUUUCCCCUGGUACGAAACGACUUGAUUGGAACACACGAAUGAAAAUAGCAGCUGGGGCAGCAAAAGGGUUGGAAUACUUGCAUGACAAAGCUAAUCCCCCAGUCAUAUACCGAGAUUUAAAGUGCUCCAACAUUUUGCUCAGUCAGGGAUAUCACCCUAAGCUAUCUGAUUUUGGCUUGGCUAAACUUGGGCCUGUCGGAGAUAAUACCCACGUUUCAACUAGGGUCAUGGGCACCUUCGGAUACUGUGCUCCAGAGUAUGCUAGGACAGGUCAGCUAACUCUCAAAUCUGAUGUUUAUAGCUUUGGGGUUGUUCUUCUAGAAAUCAUCACCGGGCGGAGGGCAAUUGACAAUUCAAAAGUUACAGCUGAACAGAAUCUCGUUGCUUGGGCAAGGCCCUUGUUAAAGGACCGAAAGAAAUUUUCGAUGAUGGCUGACCCGGCGCUUCAAGGUCAGUAUCCUCAGAGGGGUUUGUUCCAGGCUCUUGCUAUUGCAGCCAUGUGUGUCCAGGAGCAGCCUGAUAUGAGACCAGUCAUAGCUGAUGUUGUCACAGCUUUGACUUACCUUGCUGCACAAAAGUACGAGUCCGAUUCACAAACAGUUUAUACACCUCGCUUGGCGCCUGGCACUCCUAAAACAAAGAAAGAAACAAAGCUCGGUAGUAGCUGAAUCUGAGAGGUUGGCAUAGAGAGAAUCAGUAUUUUUCCUUUACUCCUGACAGUAUAGCUAUACAUGGUCAUAUAGUGUCGUGCUUUGGCUCUCUCAUGCCAGUAUUUGUAUAGUUCUGAAAAAUUUAAGUUUUUUCUUGUAACCACACUGCAAAAUGACAUCUAUGGAUGUUUAAUAGAUAUAGCAUUUGUCUGGUAAA